ACGCCGGAUAUCACAUUACAGAACUAUCUUCAUUGAGUAGUUCUAAAGCUGACCUCAUCAUAUUCAGCUGCGGUUUUUUUGUAGUAACAAAAUCAUUGAUACUUGUAAUUCUGUAAGAGCCAUAAAAGUUGAGUGCUGCAUUAAAUACAAACAAUGAAGAAUCUUACAAUUAUUGUAACGAUCCUCUUCGUGCAAAGCAUAAUCGAUGCUAAGCCAUGUGAAAGUACCGAAGAAUCUGUCACGUCACAACCUGUAACUAUUCGGGAGACGAAAGAUGGCAACGAUGACGACAAGGCAUCGGUGGAGGAUGAAAUAGAGAGAAUUUUCAAAAAUAUUCCUCAAGAGUUCAGUAAUGUUUUUCUGUUCAAACCAAAUAACAUCAUUGUUGCCCCAGUUGUGUGCCCUGGGAAUAAGAAACCAGAUAAAAAUGGAAAAUGUCGGGAAGUGUGGAGCAGAGCUGGGUUCGAUGAUGAUGAUGAGGAAAAUUCAACUUUCGCGAUAAUUCCAGCAUCCAGUAAUGGUGUUCCAGCCCCGGUUCCUCAACAAUAUCAUCACUACAGCCGACCGAUGGUGUACCAGAUAAGCUUCUUCUACAAUUAUUACCCGGAGAAACCUAGUGAAGACCGGAAGCAGAUGGAGAGCCAAAAAACGAAAGAAAAUUGCGCGGAAUCUACUCCUUCACCGAUACCGGAACCGGAAAAUUCAGCCGUUUUUUCGCUGCUAGACGCCCCGAUAGUGUGUCCUCAAGGACAAGCAGCAGAUCCCAAAGGCAAAUGCCGGAAUAUAGUUUAGUAAGCCUAGUCUGACGAAAGAAUAAUGAAAAAAAAAAACCAAAAUUCAUGUCACCAGUGACAAAGUAUUCAAAACAAUUUUUUUAUUUGCUCACAAUGGUCCCAAUCAAAAAUUAUGUGUGCUCGUCUAAGCGCAUUCCACUGUUAUUUGUUGUUUGCUGCGCGCGUCGCUGUCUAAUAAUCAAAACAAAUUUCGACUCAAGCGUAACCGUUCUAUACUCUCUGGAGGAGGGAGGUCAAGGGCAUCCGGUCGGAAGAAGUCUGACUCUACCAGGAACCACGACAUUUUCCCCUGUGGUCUAGCUUCUGAUUUCCGGGACAAACUUUGGGGGCUAUUAAUAUAUUGGUUCCCUAAAAAAAUACAGGUAAAAUUACAUAGAACUUUUAUUCAUAAAACAUUCAAAAACUUACGCCUAUCGGCAAGGGGCCAAGAGGAGGUAAUUGUUCCGUGUUUUGUCCCAAGUCUUGCGCUUCAACUUCCGGAUCUGGUUGGAUCAUUUCCUCCACUGUUUCUUCUUCUCCAACGAUUGCCACCUCUGCUUGUUCUUCAUUGGAAUCUUGCGAAGAUACAUGACCGAUUAAUGUCACCCAUAAGAGACACAACGUUAGUAGAGCUAGCACUGAUUUAGUCCUGUUUGCCAUUUUCAACUGCUGCUGAAUAAAUUCGGGUUGAAUGUGAUCGAUGCAACUGAUUUUUGGUGUUUGGCUUCGAGAAGAGAGAUGCUCGAAAUUUUUUGUGCGUGGUACAUAAAGCAUACGUUUAAAGCGUCCACUAUCGAUAGAAAAAUUCGUUGAAUGAAACUAAUGGGGGAUAAAGCGUGCAAACAUGUUUUUCAGCAGAAUGCUGAAUUUGUACACUUUUUUAGUAAACACGACAGGUAAUAUCUAGGUGAAUUUAGGAAAUAUUUAAUAUUGACUUUUUAGCGUCUCAAUGCUCUGGCUCAUGUUAAAUAAUUUGAAACUUAAUUAUAUUGCAACUCUCUGAAGAACUCUGUUGAAAGCUCUUGAAACUAGUUAAAGAUCCGUAGAGGUUUUUUCUAAUAAUUUCUAGAAAACAUGAAUAAAACUUAGGCCACACUAGGCAACAUGAGAUUUUGAAUACUUAGACUUGCUUAUAUUUACACAUAGGUCUUGACGAUGAACUGCAUGUCUCAAGUCUCCCGACAAGAAUGAAGACUUAGAUGUUAAAAUAACACGUUUAAACAACCAAGCAAUCAAUGUAAAUUUGUAAGUUUCUUUCGUAUCAAAUGUAGAAGAAAUGAUUUUUUUCCCAACUUUGAGCACGAAAAAUGAAACUUUUCAGGGGUGCCAUUCACCAUUUCGCAAUUAUGCUUAAGCCUAAUCCGCUCUUGAG